AUGCUCGGUGAGGUUUCAAAAUGGAACCAAGACAGAGUGUGUCAGUGGAGAAAAAGAUUCAAGCCGACGAGGUGGAGAGAGAGACGACACCGAGGUGAAGAGAGAGGCGACACCGAGGUGAGUGGAGAGAGGCGACACGGAGGCGAGUGGAGAGAGGUGACGGAGGUUGUGACGAGGUGUGUUAGGCGACAUGCCAAAGUGAUUGACGAGGGAAAUUGGAGAAUGAAAAGGUGA